UUCUGUUUUUGUUUUUGUUGUGACAGCGCCUACGAGGCCACCCUUUUGGAUGAUUGUUAUCUUGUAAAUUGCAUUUGUAGUAUAGAAUUUUAGUAUUGUGUUUAAAGAAAGCAACCGAAAGACUGCAAUUGUAUUAAUAAGCGAUAAGUAGCCGGUGGUCGCUGGCGGCCGUGCAAAGACAAGAAAGCAUAUGGCACGAUGACUUCCCGAACCAUUGAAAUUGUCGAGGUUGACGGCAAAACGUUAUUCUAUGAAAUUCGCAUCGAAAAUGUUGAAUUUCACAUAUUAGGACAAACCGUCAAAACGAAUAAAUGGCUUCGAUUUGAAGAAUGGCAGCAGAUCUAUGAACAGCUUAACAAAUCACUCUCUACCUAUCCAGCAACUCCUCCCGAUUUUACCAUCAAAUCUUUCACCGUAGGAAAUUACAUUCGAGUCGAAAUCGAGCUGUUUCCAAUUGAAAAUUGUUUUGGGGAUCUUUUCAACGUGAAAUUAGACAAUUGUGUCCACGACUAUCUCCAAAUCCGAAUUAAGCAAAUAUCACUAGGAUCGAAUCUUGAAGAAAUCCAGCAAGCAGAGAGGAAAAAUGAAUUGAGUGUUGAAGCGAUGGCGAAACGAAAUAAGCGUGACGUAAAGAAGCGUAAGAAGAAACGUAAAAGUUGCUCAUUGAGCGAAUAUAACCCAGUGGCGGUGAAGAAGGAUAUAAGGAGCAAAGACGUUCCUCUCUACAAGCCGUCAAAAUUAAGUCCUGAGGCGAAAGAGGCCGACGAACCUUACUCUCCGAAGCCUGUGAACUCCGGUGACAACGAGACUCUAACGCAAGAUGACUACUCACCAUACACGAUUUCCAGCUCGGACAAUACAACUCCAACAGUUAUCCCGACAUAUAAGCCAUCAGCAAUCAUCAAGAAAAGCUCCGACAAUCAACCAGAAAAAUCCCCAUCUCCCAGUACAAUCAAUCCAAAUCCAGAUGUCAAUGAAUCCAACUCCACACCACUAUCAGCCUUAUCCAUAGAAUGCGAUGAAAUCAAAGAUUCAUCAACACCGGUUACAUCUACUGACUCAACAUUAGAAACAAACACAUCAACACACUCUCGUCGCAGGAGGUGUAUCACUCCUGAUUCGCAUCAGAAUAAACGACCAAAACUUAGUCAAGAUCUUUUCGAAUGUUCAGAAGACGAACUGAAGGAAACAAAGUCCGAAGAUGAAAGCGAGAAAUCUUCUUCAAAAACAACCAAAAAGGGUAAAUUCAAUACCAUUCCUGAAGAGCCGAAACUCGAAAGCAGUACAUCUAGCACUACAUCCCUACAGAAAUCAAAGGAAACAUCAGACGAGUCUGUGGAUAAAGAGGCAGCCAAACAAGAAAUCAUAGCUGAAAGACGUUCGAAACGAACUCCGAUCAAGAAACACGAAAAAUAUGCAGAAUACGACUGGUUAUCGACAGACCCGACAAAAUCGCAACGCAGCGGAAGCAGUGCAAGUAAUAAGAGCAGCAAAACCAAAAAACGCAAGCGAGAAAAGGAAUCAAAGCCGAAGAAAUCGCCACGAUCGGAAGGCGGGACUCCAACGCCCAGUCAGGAAUCGGGACCAUCGAAAACACAACGAGAGCCAACAAGUCUUACGACCCCAAUACCUACCACUGAAGAGUUGCAACAAAAGAAGGAAGCAUACGAGCGCCAAAUCGAACUGCUUGAUAAAUGGGGCAAGAAUCUGAGGGAGAUGAACAAGGCACCGCCGGAACUUGAUGAUAUUUUCGAUCUAAAUGAUAUGAAGACCAGCGACUUGAUUGAUACUUUUGAACAGUUCAAGCCUGAGCUGGACAAACACUUCAACAAAUACAAGAAUCAGAAGCGGUUCCAGUUCAAACAAGAAUCAUCGGAGAAACUGUGCCUGUUGAUUCUGAAUAUAAUCACCCGUGAGCAAGUCGUCUCGAUGAUGGAUCAUCUUCAGUCUGUCUACGAGCCUGAGUGCGAUGGCAUGCCCACGUAUACGGAUCUGUUUAUGAACGUCAUGGCACCGGAAUGGGUCUUGUUGUUGUUCAUGAAACAGUAUGGCCUUCCGCGCGAGGAAGCUAUCGAACGUAUUAAAGUUCAACGUGAUAUUGAAACGUAUAAUCAAACGCUCGUGAUGGAAUGAGACUGCAAAAGUAUUGGUGCAAACCAAGCGUUUUUAUCUAAUGAGAAAGUUUUAUAGGGUGCAGUCGUUUCAUUUUUGUGUAAGCUAUAAUUAUUGGAUAUUUUUUUGUAUUAUGAUGUCCUAUUAAUUGAAAAUAAAAUGUUUUGAAUGUUG